ACUGUGGGGUCUUGCUCUGCGACCUGAGCCGAGCGCCGGGCCUUGUUCUCCGGCUGGGCCGAAGGUUUUCCGGAAGAGGGCGAACCCCGAGGCGGGCCGGGCAAGUCUUCCCCACGGUCCGCGGAGUCCCAACGUCUGGUCUGGGUUCGGCGAGGGCGAAGGGGAGUCCGGACUGGCUCCGGGCCGGCGGGAGCCGAGCUCGUUCCGGAAGGAGCCGAGCGGACCGGCUCCGGCCUCGGCGUCCGGAGUGUGAGGCGGCGGCGACAGCGCGGGCCGGGAUGAACCGCGACGGCUGAGGCGGCGGAGCUGCCGGCUGCGCGGGCCCGACCCCGACUUCCGCGAAGCGCCCGCUCCGCGCUCGGGACCCCGCCUCGAGCCGAGCGCUGCCCCUGCGAGCCUCCGGGACCCCUUUGUGCGGCCCGAGGCGGCGGCGGGAACGGCCAUGGCGGCCAACAUGUACCGGGUGGGGGAUUACGUCUAUUUUGAGAACUCCUCCAGCAAUCCCUACCUGGUGAGGAGGAUUGAGGAGCUCAACAAGACUGCAAAUGGAAACGUGGAGGCGAAGGUGGUCUGUCUUUUCCGGCGAAGGGAUAUUUCUGGUAGCCUCAACAGCCUCGCUGAUAGUAAUGCCAGGGAGUUUGAGGAAGAGUCAAAACAACCAGGGGUGUCGGAGCAGCAGCGACAUCAGCUGAAGCACCGGGAACUUUUUCUUUCUCGGCAGUUCGAAUCGUUACCAGCCACCCACAUAAGGGGGAAAUGCAGCGUGACUCUGUUGAAUGAGACGGAUAUCUUGAGUCAGUACCUGGAAAAGGAGGACUGCUUUUUCUACUCUUUGGUGUUUGACCCUGUGCAGAAGACACUUCUAGCUGAUCAGGGGGAGAUCAGAGUUGGUUGUAAAUACCAAGCUGAGAUCCCAGAUCGCCUGGCAGAGGGCGAAUCUGAUAAUCGGAACCAGCAGAAAAUGGAGAUGAAAGUAUGGGACCCGGACAACCCUCUCACGGACCGGCAGAUCGAUCAGUUUCUCGUGGUGGCCCGAGCCGUGGGGACCUUUGCGAGGGCCCUGGAUUGCAGCAGCUCCAUCAGGCAGCCGAGCUUGCACAUGAGUGCAGCCGCUGCCUCCCGAGAUAUCACCCUGUUUCAUGCAAUGGAUACGUUACAGAGGAAUGGCUAUGACCUGGCCAAGGCCAUGUCGACCCUGGUGCCCCAGGGGGGGCCUGUGCUGUGUCGGGAUGAGAUGGAGGAGUGGUCCGCCUCGGAGGCCAUGCUGUUUGAGGAGGCCUUGGAGAAAUACGGGAAGGAUUUCAAUGAUAUUCGCCAGGACUUUUUACCCUGGAAGUCGCUUGCCAGCAUAGUCCAGUUCUACUACAUGUGGAAAACCACAGACCGCUAUAUUCAGCAGAAAAGAUUGAAAGCUGCCGAAGCAGACAGCAAACUGAAACAAGUCUAUAUCCCCACCUACACUAAGCCAAAUCCUAACCAGAUCAUUUCUGUGGGCUCAAAGCCUGGCAUGAAUGGCGCUGGAUUCCAGAAGGGCCUGACUUGCGAGAGCUGUCAUACUACGCAGUCUGCCCAGUGGUAUGCCUGGGGUCCGCCCAACAUGCAGUGCCGCCUCUGUGCUUCCUGUUGGAUCUAUUGGAAGAAAUAUGGAGGGCUGAAGACACCGACCCAGCUUGAGGGAGCAGCUCGGGGCACCACAGAGCCACACUCAAGGGGUCAUUUGUCCAGACCCGAAGCCCAGAGUCUUUCCCCCUACACAACCAGCGCCAACCGAGCCAAGCUGCUGGCUAAGAACAGGCAAACAUUCCUGCUCCAGACCACAAAGCUGACCCGUCUUGCUCGACGCAUGUGCAGGGACCUGCUGCAGCCAAGGAGGGCGGCCCGCCGGCCCUAUGCCCCCAUCAAUGCCAAUGCCAUCAAGGCCGAGUGCUCCAUUCGGCUUCCCAAAGCUGCCAAGACCCCGCUGAAGAUUCACCCUCUGGUGCGGCUGCCCCUGGCCACUAUCGUCAAAGAUCUGGUGGCCCAGGCCCCUCUGAAACCAAAAACACCUCGGGGUACCAAGACACCAAUCAACCGAAACCAGCUGACCCAGAACCGGGGACUGGGAGGCAUUAUGGUGAAGCGGACCUAUGAAACUAUGGUAGGAGCAGGGGUCCCUUUCUCUGCCAAUGGAAGGCCCCUGGCCUCAGGGAUUCGCUCCAGCUCUCAGCCAGCAGCCAAACGUCAGAAACUGAACCCAGCUGAUGCUCCCAAUCCGGUGGUGUUUGUGGCUACAAAAGAUACCAGGGCCCUGAGGAAGGCUCUGACCCACCUGGAAAUGCGGCGGGCUGCCCGCCGACCCAACCUCCCCCUGAAGGUGAAGCCACCGCUGAUUGCAGUGCGGCCCCCACUCCCUCUCCCCGCACCCUCACAUCCUGCCAGCACCAACGAGCCCAUUGUCCUGGAGGACUGAGCUUCAGUGGGGAAGGGAGGUGGGCUGAAAGCUAAGAGGGUGGGUGCCCAGGGCACCCAGCCUCCCUUCCCUCUAGUUUCAGAGAGGAUGUAGGGAGGGAGGGAGGCUCCGAACAAGCAAGCCUGUGUCGUUGAAGGGGUUGGGCGCCCUCUGGCGUCACCACUUGGAGGCUUGUCCCCUUCCCUAGCUUCUCCAUGCUUGGCUGUGGAGGGCCGACUAGGCGCUUGGCCCAUGGUGGGAACCUAACCUGUUUUGGGGGAAAGGACCCACAGUUGUCUUGGACAGUUUCAGGGGGGAGGGUUUUUUAAAUUUUUAAAAACUUUUGCCUCCCUUUGUGAAGGGAUGAGUAAACAGCUCUCAGGUGGCGGCACCUGGUGGGGGAGGCGCGCACUGCCGUGACUGCCAUGUCUCUGUUUUGUUCUCUUCCUUUCUCUGGUCGGGGGUUUCUCUUUCUGUCCGGUGUCCGGACUUUCCUAACUGGAGUUUGAGACCCCGAAGCUGGCAUCAGCCCCAAGCUUUUCCUGCUCACUCUUUUCCUCCCUGACCCCUCCACCUUUUGUACGCCAAUUCUCAGAAAUAAAGAUCUUUUGUCUGUUUUUUUAACUUCGGAUUCUGUAAUUGGUUCUUACAGUAACAAAUAAAAAGCUGUUUUCUUCA